AUGCGACCCAUGACUUUACUAGCCUUUUGCCGCGUCUUUGGCGUGGCCGUCUUCCCCAUUCUGGCUACAGCUGGUGAGCCUUCUGCGUGCCAAUUUCUGUCUCUCUUGCAGUUGGAAGUGAGACGCCAUGUGGGACUUGAGCAGAUCCCAUGUGUCAUUCAUCAAACCUGGAAGACACACACGCUGGAUUCCAAUCAGGAAGACUUUGUGAAGUCUUGGACUUCCAAGAACCCAGAAUGUCAGCACAAGCUCUGGAAUGAUACCGAGAUCGCCGAGCUUUGUAAGAGCAAAUCGCCCGAUUUGAUGUGGCCCAUUUGGGAGGCUCUGACACCCGAUGUCUUUCGGUAUUUGGUCCUAUGGGACCAGGGAGGUUACUACGCCGAUUUGGAUGUGACAUGUUCACAACCCAUCAGCACCUAUGAGAGCAUCAUCCCCAAGGACGUGAACUUUCUGGUUGGCUACGAGGCAGGGCAUCAGCUGACCGAAUCAGAAAGGGGUGACGUGGGCUUCACGCGCGUGGAGCAACUGGAGCAGUGGUUCUUGGCCUCGGCGCCCGGCAAUCCCGUGCUCUUGCGUUCCUUGGAGAUCCUGAAGGAGAAAUUCUUAUGGAAAAUUCGCGAGACCGUGGAGCUCACCGGUCCAGCGACCUUUAGCGAUGCAGUGCACGAGUUUCUGGCUGAAGCAGUAGCGGACGGUGUGCAGAUGGAGGUGUCAGACCGAGUGAAUGCAUCGGAGGAACGAAGAUUUUUGAGUUUCCCCAGUGAAAGAGCUUAUUCCGUUGGAAGCUGGAAGCUUUACCUCUUGGCCUCUGGCAGGGUCAGCACCAUUGGAUAUGGAGCCGAAUCGGAUCCAGCGCAAUCCUUGGUGGAGCACGAAUUCAGUGGCACCUGGAAGCUAUGA